AUGGCGCAAGGGGCAAGUGCAAGGCGAUGGCGCAAGGGGCAAGUGCAAGGCGAUGGCGCAAGGGGCAAGUGCAAGGCGAUGGCGCAAGGGGCAAGUGCAAGGCGAUGGCGCAAGGGGCAAGUGCAAGGCGAUGGCGCAAGGGGCAAGUGCAAGGCGAUGGCGCAAGGGGCAAGUGCAAGGCGAUGGCGCAAGGGGAAAGUGCAAGGCGAUGGCGCAAGGGGCAAGUGCAAGGCGAUGGCGCAAGGGGCAAGUGCAAGGCGAUGGCGCAAGGGGCAAGUGCAAGGCGAUGGCGCAAGGGGCAAGUGCAAGGCGAUGGCGCAAGGGGCAAGUGCAAGGCGAUGGCGCAAGGGGCAAGUGCAAGGCGAUGAUGGCCGGGCGUGUGAGCUGGUGCGAGUGAGUGCGGGGCGGGAGGAGACGGCAGGGGGGGUGGCGCAACAGGUGCUACGAGAUCAGGGCGUGGCGCUGGGCGCAGGGGGGACUGCAUCGCUGGUGUUCAAUGGGGUGGAGUGUGGUGGUUAUGAAGGCAACAGCAGGUGGUGUUGGCAGGAGGAGACGGCAGGGGGGGUGGCGCAGCAGGUGCUGCGGGAUCAGGGCGUGGCGCUGGCAGCAGGGGGGACUGCAUCGCUUGUGUUUAACGGGGUGGAGCUGGAUGAACGCUCCACUCUGGACCAGUGCGGCAUUCGAUCCGCUUCAGGGCGAGAGAGGCAUGGGGCAUCACAUCACGUGUGGGGGUGGUGGCAAGGCGUGGAGCAUCACAUCACGUGUGGGGGUGGUGGCAAGGCGUGGAGCAUCACAUCACGUGUGGGGGUGGUGGCAAGGCGUGGAGCAUCACAUCACGUGUGGGGGUGGUGGCAAGGCGUGGAGCAUCACAUCACGUGUGGGGGUGGUGGCAAGGCGUGGAGCAUCACAUCACGUGUGGGGGUGGUGGCAAGGCGUGGAGCAUCACAUCACGUGUGGGGGUGGUGGCAAGGCGUGGAGCAUCACAUCACGUGUGGGGGUGGUGGCAAGGCGUGGAGCAUCACAUCACGUGUGGGGGUGGUGGCAAGGCGUGGAGCAUCACAUCACGUGUGGGGGUGGUGGCAAGGCGUGGAGCAUCACAACACGUGUGGGGGUGGUGGCAAGGCGUGGAGCAUCACAUCACGUGGGGGUGGUGGCAAGGCGUGGAGCAUCACAUCACCACAGCAGCUGCCUUCCUCCCAGCGCUCUUCCUUCUCAGUCUCUCCGUGCUUCCUUCCAUCCCCAUUUCCCCACCUCCAUCCCCAUUUCCCCACCUCCAUCCCCAUUUCCCCACCUCCAUCCCCAUUUCCCCACCUCCAUCCCCAUUUCCCCACCUCCAUCCCCAUUCCCCACCUCCAUCCCCAUUUCCCCACCUCCAUCCCCAUUCCCCACCUCCAUCCCCAUUUCCCCACCUCCAUCCCCAUUUCCCCACCUCCAUCCCCAUUCCCCACCUCCAUCCCCAUUUCCCCACCUCCAUCCCCAUUUCCCCACCUCCAUCCCCAUUUCCCCACCUCCAUCCAUCCCCAUUUCCCCACCUCCAUCCCCAUUUCCCCACCUCCAUCCCCAUUUCCCCGCCUCCAUCCCCAUUUCCCCACCUCCAUCCCCAUUCCCCACCUCCAUCCCCAUUUCCCCACCUCCAUCCCCAUUUCCCCACCUCCAUCCCCAUUUCCCCACCUCCAUCCUCAUUUCCCCACCUCCAUUUCCCCACCUCCAUCCCCAUUCCCCACCUCCAUCCCCAUUUCCCCACCUCCAUCCCCAUUCCCCACCUCCAUCCCCAAAUUCCCACCUCCAACCCCAAUUCCCACUCCAUCCCCAUUUCCCCACCUCCAUCCCCAUUUCCCCACCUCCAUCCCCAUUCCCCACAUCCAUCCCCAUUUUCCCACCUCCAUCCCCAUUUCCCCACCUCCAUCCCCAUUUCCCCACCUCCAUCCCCAUUCCCCACCUCCAUCCCCAUUCCCCACCUCCAUCCCCAUUUUCCCACCUCCAUCCCCAUUUCCCCACUUCCAUCCCAAUUUCCCCACCUCCACCCCCAUUUCCCCACCUCCAUCCCCAUUUUCCCACCUCCAUCCCCAUUUCCCCACCUCCAUCCCCAUUUCCCCACCUCCAUCCCCAUUAUCUCACACUCGCCUGACAGGUGACAGGCCCCGCAUGACCAGUGGCAAGGCACAGAGCACCACCGCAGCCACUGCCUUCCAGCCUCUCUCUGCUCCAUUGCCUCACCCACACUCCUCCUUCCAUCUCCAUUGCCUCACCCACACUCCUCCUUCCAUCUCCAUUGCCUCACCCACACUCCUCCUUCCAUCUCCAUUGCCUCACCCACACUCCUCCUUCCAUCUCCAUUGCCUCACCCACACUCCUCCUUCCAUCUCCAUUGCCUCACCCACACUCCUCCUUCCAUCUCCAUUGCCUCACCCACACUCCUCCUUCCAUCUCCAUUGCCUCACCCACACUCCUUCCAUCUCCAUUGCCUCACCCACACUCCUCCUUCCAUCUCCAUUGCCUCACCCACUUUCCUCCUUCCAUCUCCAUUGCCUCACCCACACUCCCUCUGACAGGUAA